AUGAAUUCGGGAAAUCCAAAACAAGACUACAUGACUGAUAGGCAAGUGGAAUUGAUUAGCGUACAUUUAAAGAAAACCCUUGAGUACUUAGUCAACCAAGUGUUUGAAACGGCUAAGGAAUCGGCAAGAUUAGCAGGUUCUACAGAACCUUAUUUGAACGAGCCAUUAAAGGUGAGAUGGGUGGAAGCAUAUUUCCCAUGGACAUCGCCAUCGUGGGAGAUCGAAGUAUGGUGGAAAGGUGAGUGGUUAGAGUGCUGUGGAUGUGGGCUAGUCCAACAACAGGUGUUGCUUAAUUCAGGAUUAGGAAAUGACAAACUAGGAUGGGCUUUUGGUGUUGGUCUUGAUAGAAUCGCUAUGUUGUUAUUCGGCAUUCCCGAUAUUAGACUUUUCUGGACUUUAGAUGAGAGGUUCAGUAAUCAGUUUGAAAUGGGAAAAAUUGCUACUUUCAGGCCAUACUCUAAAUUUCCAGGUAUCAAAAGAGAUGUAUCAUUUUGGCUUCCAAGUGAAUCAUUAUUGCAUGUCAACGAUGUUAUGGAAAUUGUUCGUACCCACGGUAAUGACUUAAUAGAGAAUGUAACUAGUAUUGAUGAGUUUGUUCAUCCAAAAACAGGUAAAAGAUCCCAAUGCUACAGAAUUAACUAUCAAUCUAUGGAUAGAAACUUGACUAACGAAGAAAUCAACGAGAUACAUAAAAAGGUUGAAGAUGAUUUAAUUACUUAUUUCAAUGUUACAAUCCGUUAG